AUGAUGCAGCGAUGGUCGGAGCACAAGAAAGAUUGUUUAUUAGAGAAAUCGAAGACAUACAAUUGCUUAUUGUACAAGACGAUGCGUCAGCAUGGUGUGGACAAGUGGAAGAUAGAACUGUAUGAACGGUUUCCAUGUAGUAACAGAACAGAAUUGAGGAAGAAAGAAGGUGACAUCAUAAAGCAGAUAGGAACCUUGAAUGGCAAGGUAGCGGGACGUGGCAAGAAAGAAUAUAGUGAGGAGAAUGCUGAGUAUUUGAAGGAGUAUAAGAAGAAAUAUGCUGAGGAGAACAAAGAGAAGUUGAAGCAGUAUCGUGAGGAGAACAAGGAAAGAUUUAAUGAGAGGAAGAGGAUGAAUUGGAAGCCCUUGACAGGAGAAAAGCAAGAAGCGCACAAAGCGUAUUGUAAAGAGUAUCAUUUAAAGAAUGCAGUCGUGGAGAGGGAAAAGUACAAGAAGUUUUAUGAAGAGAAUAGAGAUAGGUUAAAUGAAAGAAGGCGCGAACGUAGGCGAAUCAAGAAAGAAGCGAUGGGGGCAGCUUCAAAUGAGAAGAAAGAAUCUGAUGAAUUAGUGGAAGAUAUUGGUAGACUUGCUAUCAAUCAAAAAAAUGAAACUGAUUAA